GUGGACACAUUUGGAGCAGCUUUUUGAAAAUAUGACAGGACACUCUGCUAGCAACGUGCCCUCGCUGGGGCACCUUCGGUAGCAACUGACAAGCAGAUUUCGUGCAGCUGCCCUGACCCAGGACUUGCCUGAUUGGGAUCGUGUGGGGUGCUGGGCCUAAGGUUCCUGUGGCAGCAUCCCAGGGAGUGGAAGAGGAGCGCACCGUUGCAGAAGGCUGUCGUUGGCUGCAGUCACUCUCAAACUCGAGGCAGCCAUGGCCGUGGCCCUGCUGGAGGAUUGGUGUAAGGGGAUGGAUAUGGACCCCAGGAGGGCUGUGCUUAUCGUGGGCAUCCCGAUCCAAUGUGGUGAGGAGGAGAUCAAUGAGGCCAUCAGGGCCACCCUGGAGCCCCACUUGCCCCACAAGGUGGUGGGCUGCAUGUUCCGCAGGGAAGACAACGCCAAGGCUGUCUUCCUGGAGUUGCUGGCGCCCAUGAACUACGCUCUCAUGCCCACUCACAUCCUGGGCAGAGGGGGCGCCUGGGAGGUGGUGGUGAAGCCCCGCAACACUGACGAUGAGUUUAUGGAUCACUUCAACUUCUUCCUGAAAGACGAAGGCCGGCGCUUGGUCGACGUCAUCACGAGCAUGGGCUACAAAGCCGCAGCUACCAGCGAGGAGCCCAAAGAGGUGUACAGCUUGCAGUCCCCGAACGACAGCAUGUGGUACCGGAAGCUGAAGGUAUUCUCUGGGGGCCAGGUCCCGCUGCCUGGCGAGGAGCCCUUUGAGAUCUGGCUCGAGCAGGCCCAGGAGAUGCUGCUCAUGUGGCAGGUGACUGAGUUCGAGAAGCGGCGGCGGCUGCUGGAGAGCCUGCGUGGCCCCGCGCAGGCAAUCAUGCGCGUGCUGCGGGCCAACAACGAGGCCAUCUCGGUGCAAGAGUGCCUGGAUGCUUUGACCCAGAUCUUUGGCUCUAAGGAGGACGGCCGCAGCUCCCAGUACCAUUUCCUGCAGGCCACACAGAAGAUCGGCGAGAAGACCUCAGUGUACUUGCUGCACCUGGAGCCCUUGCUCCACAAAGCAGUGCAGCACAGCCCCAUUUCCAUUCGCAGCAUGGACACAAUCCGCCUGAAGCACAUCCUGAGCCGGGCCUCCCUCACUCCACCUCUCCGAGGUAAGCUAGAGGUCCUGGACCAGCGAUGCUGCCCCCCAACCUUCCUGGAGAUGAUGAAACUCGUGCGCGACGAGGAGGCAUGGGAGAUGAGCCAGGCACUGGGCAAGGAGAAGUCCAAGGCGGGGAGCAGGGCCCGCCGGCCCUCCAAUAGGCAGGUGGCGGUGGAGGUCCACGGCCCUGCCGUCCAGACCCCUGCGUCAGCAGCACCUUUGGUGGAGAGCGGCAACCAGACCGGGAAGGAAGGGGCCUCCCCGAUCAUCAAGCGUCGCCACCUGCCCUACAACUACAGCAGUGUCCAGGCCAACCCGGCCUUGUUUGUGAAGAUGGAGACGGAGCUGGUUGCCAUGCCGGAGCUGCCAGGUUCCUUUGAAGAGUCGGGAAACGGGGUGGGGGCUGGGGCAGUGAGCCACCCCAGGCCUUAAGCAGUACAGGCUCAAAAUCACAGGGCAAUUCUCCCAGCGGGAGAUACUGGGAGGAGGGGGUGACCGAGCAGGCAGCAGGGAGGGAGAGUAGGGCCGGAACCUCGGAUGAGGUCAGGGAUGAGGUCAGAGCAGAGCGGGAGGUUGAGGCCACUAGCUUAGUUUCAGCAGGAAGGUUCCCCACUGUGCCAACCACAGACCACCUCUGGAGGCCCUGCAGCACAGCACAGGAGAGGAAGAGGGCCGGGAAACCUCCCAGAGAGUGGGGGGCCAGACGUAUCAAGUUGGAGCCGCACUCGUGUAAGAGGGGAAGUGUAGCUGAGAACUCAGGACCAAAACCAGGUUCUUUUUCAAUGCCACCCGCUAACGUCCACCCCAAGGAAACUGAGAUGCAGGUGACUGGUGGCCCCCAGCCCACAGAAGAUCAGGAUAAGUAUCCCUCGGGGCCACCCCAUCCUGGGGUGGGGCCAUCAGGAGCCAGGGCCAGGGAGGGAGAUCAGUGCAGCCUGGAGAGAAGCCCCCAGAGGGGAGAUCCCAGAGUCAAGCCUGUCUUCAGGAUGAUCUGCACUGCCCUGGGGGAGUCCCAGGAGGGUAGCCUGCAGGACGCCCUGCACCCUGAGGGCAACUGACAUCUGGCCAGCAGCCUGGGAGGUUUAAUGACCCUGUAGCCUGCUUCCAGCUAAUAGAUGUGAGGGCAGCUUUGACAAUCAGGAUGAAAAGAAUUUGAAAUUGGGGGUGGGGGAUAAUAGAGGAGGAAGAGGAGAAAUAAUAGAAAUAACCAGAGAAGGAGGAGAAUCAGAAAUUAGAAGAGGAGGAGGAAUAAUUGGAGGAAGAGGAGAAUCAAAUUCAAGGAGGCAGAGGAAUAGUUGGAGCAAGAGGUGGCGGAGACGAAUCUGAAAUUAGAGGAGGAGGAGGAAGACUAGUGGGAGGAGGAGGAGGAUCAGAAAUUAGAAGAGAAGAAUCUGAAAUUAGAGGAGGAAGACUAAUGGAAGGAGGAGGAGAAGGAUCA